GAUUGGACACGGUAGGUAGGGAUGCAGAGGUAGCAGCUCACAGCUCAGCAUUGCUCGCUUGUACUCUGGGUGUUGAUGGCCAAUAUAUGGAAGGCACCAAAUUGCUCCAUGCCCAUGGAGGGUUUAGCCGCCGCCACACAUCAUCCAGCAUCAGUCGGAAAUGAGGACGCAGAUCUGGGGGGCAGGUCGCAUGAGCAAGCAAAACCAUUGUAACCUUGCUGGUUCCUUGCGAUGCUGUGGGGGAGAUCAUCCUUUGCGUAAACACGGCCACGACGAGGAAUGGCGAGAUUGGCCGAACCUGCCUACGGUGCUCCUUGACGAUAUCGUCGGUCGGCUUCUCCUCUACGACGUGGCCGAGUACAUCCGCCUCCGUGCUGCGUGCAAGGAAUGGAGGAACUGCACCGAUGAUCCGCGCAUGGGAGGCGGCCUGGACUGCCGCUUCCGCCCCCGCCGCUGGAUCAUGCUGUCCAACCGCACCAAGGGCGAUGGCCGUCGCUUUCUCAACCUCUCCACCGGUGCCAGCGCUUGUGUCAAUCUCCCGGAGCUCUCCCGCCACCACCUUGAGACCAGCACCGAGGGCCUCCUGCUCCUGCGUGGCAAGGCGAGCCACACUGUUCGCCUCUUCAACCCGCUCAACAGGGCCUUCACCAACCUCCCGCCCAUCACCCCGGACCUCGGCAGAGCGUACAUUGUCUGGACGGGGCUGUUGGAGUCUUCGGAGCGCCUCAUCUAUGCCGGCAUCUCUGAAGAGACCUCCCCAGCGUCGGUCGUGCUCCUGAUGAUUGACCAGGGGCGUGCCAUAGUCUACGCCAAGCCUGGCGACCAGCGGUGGGCUGUGAUUGAGCAUGACGAGAUCGGGAGACUCGAUCGCUACUCAUCAUAUCGGUUAUCGUCGGCUUCAACCCUGCAGGGGCGCUUCUACUUUGCGACUCUUGAGGGGAAUAUAAUGCAUGUGAGGCUCUGUCCUGAGCCUCGGUUGGUGCCUGUAGUCGUGAACCAGCCCAAAACCAGGGGUCAUGUGUCCUCCUACCUUGUCCCUCCCGACGACCACCGCUGCGGCAGCAUGCUCAUGGUGCGCUACUACCUCGACCUUGAUCACCUCAGCGCUAACGAGCGGAGAAUCAUUACGCGCAGGAGGAAGCGCAUGGAUGUGAUCAGGGUGGGGAACAGGUUGAAGGAGUGUCAGUGGAACCUGAUCCAGGUGUUUGAGGUGAAUGUGGCCAGAAAAAGGCUCGUCCCGGUGGAGGACAUUGGCCGCCACCGCGCGGUGUUUGUCGGGGAGGCGGCAUGCUUUUCCCUCUCUGCCAGGACGUUUCCGUGCGUGGCGGGGAACGCGGUGCACCUGGGGGCGACUGGUGCCCGCUACCCUCCCGUCGGAGUGCGGUAUCUGGCGGACAAGAGUGCGGAUCCACCGUUUGAAUUCACCACUGACGGGCCAGCUUCUCCUGAUGAACCACUGAAAUGGUACCACCGACAUAACAGACCGGAGCUGAAUCUUUUUCUUGACACUGGAUCAGAGCUGAAUCUAGUGCCUCUUGCUCGCCCCUGUACCCUGCAAGAGUACCUCGUAUGUUGCGCAGGCCUCCCUGGCGGCCUCAAGGACUGAUCAAAUCCUGAGCGAGUUAGGUAUGUCGUUCUUGGAUUGUGUGUUCUUGAGAAGUUUAAACAUCAGUGCUAUAGCUCCUCGAUUCAUUUCUCCCUUGUGUUGCCGCAAAAAAUUAUGAAAGAUGGGCAAUGAAGUCUAGAAUUAUGCAAUAGCAGUUGUUACCUCUAAAGUUUAAGCUGAUGUGUUCUUCAAAUACUUGCCUCGGUUAAUUUCUCACUUGUGUUGCUCCAGGAAAUUCUGAAAGAUGAGCAUACAAUCCAGUGUAGGAUUAUUUAUACAAGACCGCUUGUUUUUUUUUCCUCCAAAUUUUAAAUGAUGUGUUAUUUGAAAUACUAUAUGAUUCUGAGGAUAUAUAGAAAUUGCAUAAGAA